UUGCAAACGAUAAACUGACGAUGGGAUAAGAGGGAGGUGGCCUGACGUUUAGUCUUUCCAUUUUUAGGAGAGAGCAGAACAACAAAUGUAAUGGCAUUUGUAAUGGUAGCCAGACAAGCUCUGCUUCAGUUGAAGAGCAGCACGAGUGUAAAGGCUUGCGUUAAAGAGUGUAAACAUGAUAAUUCUAACAGCAACGUUGUUCAACUUCCUGAGAAGACUCGCAACUCAAGCGUUCUUGUACUGGGUGGAACGGGUCGGGUCGGUGGGUCCACUGCCACUGCUCUCUCCAAGUUCUGCCCUGACCUUAGAAUUGUGAUUGGUGGUCGAAACAGGGAAAAAGGUGCUGCGAUGGUGGGUCAAUUGGGGAGGAACUCCGAGUUCACUGAAGUCAACAUUGAGAAUGUAGACUCAUUGGGAGCUGCUCUGAAAGAUGUAGAUCUCGUCGUUCACGCUGCAGGGCCUUUUCAACAGGCCGCAAAAUGCACUGUACUUGAAGCUGCCAUAGAGACCAAGACAGCAUAUGUUGAUGUUUGUGAUGAUACAAGCUAUGCACUGCGUGCAAAGUCCUUCAAGGAUAAAGCCUUAGCUGCAAAUAUUCCUGCCAUAACAACUGGUGGAAUCUAUCCAGGAGUGAGCAAUGUCAUGGCAGCAGAGCUAGUACGUGCUGCGAAAACUGAAAGCAAGGGAAAGCCAGAGAGGCUGAGGUUCUACUACUACACAGCAGGCAGUGGUGGUGCUGGUCCAACCAUACUAGCUACUAGUUUCUUACUUCUUGGUGAGGAGGUUGUUGCAUAUAAUAAGGGAGAAAAGAUCAAACUAAAGCCAUAUAGUGGAAUGCUUAACAUCGACUUUGGAAAAGGGAUCGGAAAGCGAGAUGUUUACCUGUUGAAUUUACCUGAAGUUCGAAGUGCUCAUGAUGUCCUAGGAAUACCAACAGUCAGUGCUCGAUUUGGAACUGCACCAUUCUUUUGGAAUUGGGGAAUGUUGGCCAUGACAAAUCUUCUGUCUCCAGAAUUUCUGAAGGACAGGACCAAAGUCCAACAGAUGGUUAAGUUGUUUGACCCUCUAGUCCGAGCAGUUGAUGGGAUUGCUGGAGAGCGUGUUUCACUGAGGGUUGAUUUGGAGUGCACAGAUGGGCGCAAUACCCUUGGUUUAUUUAGUCACCGGAAACUCUCCGUUUCUGUGGGAAAUGCAACAGCUGCUUUUGCUCUUGCAGUUCUUGAAGGGAGCACGCAACCAGGGGUCUGGUUUCCCGAAGAGCCUGAAGGAAUUGCAAUUGAGGCAAGAGAACUUCUUCUGAAUCGUGCAACAGAAGGAACGAUUAAUUUUAUAAUGAACAAGCCACCUUGGAUGGUGGAAACAGACCCAAAAGAGCUUGGAUUGGGAAUAUACGUGUGAGAAUUCUAAGCUAUCCAAGCAUACUGCAUUUUUCUUCCUCGGUUUUGCUACCAUACACUUAAAAAGGUAUUACAAUUCAGGACUCUGGUGGUGGAGAUUACAGAUUUAUCCUGAGCUUUUUAUUUAGCACUAAAGGUUGCAGACUGUUCAGAGGUUUACUCUUUUGAGGAUAUUCAUGAAAAUAGUAAACCACCUUAAUGAACUAAGGGAACAAUUCUAAUUUUUCACUCUAGUAUAAGCUGUAAAGUACGUACACUUUUGAACACGUUUAAUCCUCUGCUUACAUGAUCGAACCAAGCUUUGUACUUCUUCGAAUAUGAAGAGAAAAAGGGUUUGAAGAGGUAGGACUAGGGCAAAUUCUAUUUUUAAAAUAAAGCUCGAGUUUGAUG